GAGAGCACUUCCUCGGCCAACUGGACGCCAAUCAACAGGGAAGGCGAGCACUUCAUCCUCAUUAUCACAAACUUUGACGCAUCUUCCAGUCCAUCAUUUUGUUCCAUCUUGUGCGCGCGUAAUUUGGUUUGCGCGUCGACGCAAAUGGAGUGGCGGCAGCAAAGCACUUUCAGCUGCGCGGAUGCCUUCAAUGAAGCUCAGCGUUGGAUUGAGGAGGUAACCGGCAAACGAUUCGGUUGCAGCGACUUCCGUGCAGCUCUUGAGAAUGGAGUCCUGCUUUGCGACCUGAUCAACCAAUUAAAACCUGGAAUCAUUAAGAAACUGAACCGACAAGCUACUCCCAUUGCUGGCUUGGAUAACAUAAAUGUGUUUCUAAAAGCUUGCGGGAAAGUGGGACUGAAUGAGUCACAGCUGUUCCACCCGGGAGACUUGCAGGACUUGUCAAGUCGAGCAAUCGUCAGACGAAACGAAAGCGGUCGAAGACUCAAAAAUGUUCUUAUCACAGUCUACUGGUUGGGUCGCAAGGCCUACCUGGAUGAUUGCUACAAUGGUGCCCAGCUCAACUUCAAGGCCUUCGAAGGACUCUUGGGAUUGGCUUUGUCCAAGGCGCUCGACGACGGCGGUAUUGUGAAAGACCGAGAGUGCGUUCAUCCGGGAGGGCCCGUCGGCCAUACGAGGGAGGCUUCCUUGGACAGCUUGGACUCUGCCGACUCUCGAGCUCCGCGUGCAAACAGUGAAGGCUGCGGAAGUGAUGCGGAAGCGGAGCAAGUAUUCAAGAUGGAGACCGCUCAGCCGUCAACCAAAGGCGAGAUGCCACCUCCAGUCCUGCGGAGGAAGCAAAAAAAGGACACUGGCAAAGUAUCGACUUCAUUUACCAGUGUUUUGUGCAUUAGGAGCAAAUCGUUGAGUGACAUCCCAACAGUGCGAACUUCACCUAAGGUUUCCCAAGAAAAUGCUCGCGUGGGCCAGGACACCUCCGCAGGGAAAUGGAAUCAAGACAAAAAAUGGAGGAGCCACAGCGCCACCCGAGACAGUGAAGUUCGCUGGCAAGAUGCCUUGACAAGGUGGAAGAACCAUCGCAAGAACGUUAAGUCCAAUCUCCGCAGGGAAUCUCUUGACAGAGAAGGCGUCACGAACACGACGAACGACGGAGCUGAGAAGGACCUUGAAAGCCGGCGGAGAGCACAGCUGGAAAGGCAAGUUAACUUCCAAAGUGCGGAGCUGGCCGCCAUAUGUUCUGGAAGCAGUGAAAGGCCGCCGCCCUCACUUGUCUCGCCGCACGGCGGCAAACUGGAAGAGCAGCUGUCGGCGCCAAGCCACAGCCCGGCCUCCGUUCCUCCUCCAUCAAACUUCUCAAGCGCUUUUCUCCGGACGCACGGUCGAGCUCCACUGACUCGAAGCGAUGCGGCUGAGGUGCCAUUUAGCCCCGCCUCUUCUAGCCAGAACUUUCCCCCUGCGCAUGCAAACUCGGGCGGAGUCACGCCUGCCUCUGAUGGGAACGUCACGGGAGAGGAGACCCGUUUUGCAUCUUUGGCAUUAAACGGAGCAGCAGUAACGGCACCGACACGGGAUAACGCUUUGGGCUCCCACAGCCGGCUCAACCGUUCCGCUCCCGUUGAUCCUCGGAGUGAUGCGAGUCAACCCGAAAAGGUUCACACGAGUCAAUUGACUUUUCUCGGCGCAGCAGAUUUUCCAAAUGACGGCGAAUCGGGAAGCUCCGUCGCUUUCCGAGACCUUUCUGACCCGAAAGCCUCGUCUGGAACGGAGAGACGUGAAAACGCUUCUGAAAUGUCAGGAGACAAAAGUAGAUGCGGGUCGGCUGAAGGCAGCAGAAACUAUUUGAGCAGAGCCGCUUCUUGGUCGUGUUCAGCCAGCCUUCCUCGCGCCUUCAAACGGGCCGAGGGAUCCUGUCGUCUCUCGUCCGUCAUCACAGCUCGGCCCUUCGGGACCAAGCAGUCCAGGAUUCCAAAACUCCGUCAUAGCCUAACGGGAGGAGUAGGAGAAGGCGCUCCUUUCUCGCCUGCUAGCCCCACGCUCAAAAGACAAACCGCCUCGUCUUACCUAAGAGGUCCGCAUCAGCAUCCCAACCAUGCGGCGGGGACGACUUUAGCAAAAGCAGAGUGGACCAGUCUUUCCAGGCAGAGCUUUCGCUCUCAGCGAUAUUCAAAGACGCAGGCCCAAGUCGGCAAAGCUGCAACUUUGCCACGUAGCGCCAAGGUCGACCACAGAGACCCGAGUCUUGUUCCGAUACCAAACAGUGGACCGGACGUUGUUUUCCAACCACUUUGGGAAACGACUGACGCAAGAAGAAAAUGUUGUCAUGCAGGCGGCCCGGCGGACUUCUGCCAGCUCUGCGCCGAUGACGCCAAAAGCACUAAAGUAUCCGAAGUUAAGAUGGGACACAUUCCGCAUGAAGCUCCAAAUUCAGCUGCCAAAUGUCAUAGCCACCAGAGCGGAGGUUCCGAAUCUGCAAUCUCCGACCUCCAGGUGCCGUCCCUCACCCGCUCCUCAUCCAGCUGGUCAUGGGACCACGAGGGCGACCACAGGCGGCAGCAGAAGUGGCAGGAAGAACAAGAGCGCCUCCUUCAGGCGCAGUAUGAGCGAGAUCGGCGGAGGCUGCAGGCGGAGUGGCAGAAGGCAAAAGAGGAUGCACGUGAGAAUAACUUUGGAGCGCGAGAUGAUGUCGAGACCCCUCCGGGAGUGACUCAUCGACAUGGUUUGACCAAAAUAAAUGAGCGGAGCCCUGAAGAACUCUGCUUUAAACAUCAGAACGGCACACGCGAGGAUCUGAAUAACAAAGACUGGGCUGAAGGCACCUCUGGCUUUGCUGGGCUUUCUCCCGCACACAGGGCAAAGUCGUUGUCUACUUCAGCUUUAGCCGAGUCCUACAAACAACCAAAAGGUGAUCAGAAGAAAAGGAGGGAAGAGUUUGCUUCCAAGGCCGAGACGGAGCGCCAGCAAAUCUUGGAGGAGAUGAAAAAGCGAACUCAGCUCCUGACUGACAACAGCUGGAUACGCCAGCGCACCAGCGCUUUUUACAAGGAGCCCAUCUACAUCGGGUUGCCCCUGAAGAGGUACGAGUCCCUCGACGCUCUCGGAAGCGCCCGGUCAACCCUCACGGCGGCUGAUCCCCGACCACAUUCGGCCACCGCAGGUUUUUGCGGGACCGGUAGAACCUCCUCUGCCCGUUACACUAACGGAUCGAGAUCAUCUCUGAGAAAUCCCCCCACGGACCCUCACUCCAGCAGGUAAUGUCCUUUUUCCUCGAUCAUCUCAAAGCGUCGCUUCAUGGUGUGCUGCCGCUGCUGCCUCAGGAUGCACAGUGGGAGGAGAACUUGCUGUGUGUGUGAAGGCCACCUGAGUAGUGGGGCAGCCAUGGUUAUUGAGGAACUUAAUCUCAGCUUCCAUUUUGGCUGUUUUCAGUGUGUGGGCUGCCAGCGGUAUCUUGGAAAAACAGACACUGGAGUACAGGUUCGGGUCCGAAACAAGAAGCCGUACUCAACCACUUCAGCAUUUGUGUGA